UUUUGAGUUUUACAUCCUUUUGAAAAAUUUGUAUUCUAUUAUUUUUUCCUAAUUCUGGUCUGGGUUUUAGUCAAAACUGGAAAGCUCUAAUAACAACUCAAUAGAUAGAUACCUACCUAUUCUACACCUGUCCUGGGGUCAGCUAAGGACAUGAAAGCUAAUUUAUUCAUGAAAUAUCCAUCUUCUCUUUCAGUUAAUCCAUACUAGUAGUUGGUAAGGAGCUCAUUUUAAAUACAAAAUGAGAGUAUUUUGGUGUAAAGUGUAUGGAAAAGUAUUCAAUGGAAACCUAUUCCAUGGAGUGAAGUUGAAUGCUACAAAUUUUGGAUGGAAAUUCUCACCAGGUUCUACUAUCUCUGCUCAAAAUAGACUCUUUAGUUAUUCAUGUACAGCUGCCCAAAAAGCUAGGGAUAGAGAAACAGAAAUAUUACGAAAGUAUUCACAUUUUCUUCAAUAUGAAUCUGUAUUCCAAGAGAAACAUGAACUUCCAUCUGAGAAAUGGGAAGAGAUAAUGCAACAUGGUCUACAAAAAUCUUCAAAUACUGAACAAUGCAUCACCAACAUUAUGAAGGAGUGCAGAAGCAGUAACAACUUGAAGCUAGCCUCAUCUUUCCUUUUGUAUUUAAAGGAAAUAAGUCAUGAGCCAACCACUGGUUGCCUUGCUCUAUUCAUGGACAUUUGUAGUCAAAGUCAGGAGGAAUGUGAUGAAGCAACAAUCCUGAGCACCUAUGAUGAAUUGAGCAAACGAGUUCCUGUUCAAAGUAUGCCCCUAUUGGUGAGGAUGAUUGGUGCUCUCUGUAGGACCAGCCACUGGCAACAAAGCCAUCAACUCCUCCAGACCAUCAAGAAGAUUGGAAUUGUUCCCUCUGAAGUUUAUGAAAACAUGACCGUGGCUGCUUUUUGCAGUGGUGAUACAAAGAAUGCCUGGCAACUGCUUUGUCAGCUCAUGAACACUCAAAGUAAAAAAUUUCAGAGAGUGGUCCUUGCAUUUGCAAAUUAUUGUACCACACUAGAGAAGGAGGACCGUAAAACAGCUGUAAUUCGCUUCCUGCAGCUGCUGCAUAAGUGGCAGGUUUUCUUGGACUUGGAGUCUCUUGGUCCUCUUAGUGACCUCCUGAAGGAGGUGGGAUGGGAUGUCACCAUGACCACAGUCAACACAUAUAGUGGCCGAUGUCGAUCGUGUGGCAAUAUCAUGGACUUUUCUCCAAUAUCUCCUGAUACUUUUACCAGUCUCAGGAAGGCGUUUCUAGAGAAGGUGUUGAAGCGAGGGGACAUAUACGUGAACAGUAGCCCUGAGGAAUGGCAGCACUUCGACCGUCUGCUCACAGUGCACGCGCCCUUCACGCACAUCCUGGACGGUCUCAACAUCGCCUACAGGAGUAGCGGGCCCGCGCACCAAAGAAGCAAGAUGCUGCAGCAGAACCGGCGCAUGGCUGCUAAUUUGUUGAGUAUUGUGGAGCAGAUUAUCAGCGACCAUCCAAGUGCGAAGCUGCUGAUCGUCUGCAGAGCUCACAUGGCCAAGUGGCACCUGCCAACCAUGUCUAGACUGCACGAUCUCGCCCACUGCCACUACCUCACGGACCUGUCAGGAGAUGAUAGUUUCAUUCUCUACGCUGCUCUCUACUCAGGCAUCGACUGCAAGAUUAUCACCUCGGACCAGCUUCGUAAUCACGCCUCGAGACUGCAAGACGCCGAACUUCAGCGAGUCUUCAAACUCUGGCAGCAACGAGCUCAACAAGCCACAAAAUUUGCUCACCCAAUCCAACUGCAGCCACCUCGCAAGUUCACGACAACGAGUCAACCCUGCAGGAGCGACGGGUUAUCCUGGCAUAUCCCCUACAAUGACGGCUCCCUUGAGACUUCGUACGACCUGCCGCGCACGUGGCUGUGUGCACGACACGUGUCCAGGUCCAAAUCCUUGGAUGAGCUACACGUGUCCCGGUCCAAAGCCUCGAGUGCGCGACACGUGUCCCGGUCCGACGACUUGAGUGAGCGACACGUGUCCCGGUCCGACGACUUAAGUGUCGGUGCCAGACACGCUACAGGCGGGGACAUGGAUGAGUACGGUCUCGCAUCCAGUGGUUUGCCUCAUUUGAACUCGAGGAACUGCAGUAUCAUGGAGGAUGAAGCAAACGAGCCUAUCGCUCACGUCGACGAGAAAUACAGUUCUGCAAGAAGAGUCCAGAGUAACAGAGUUCUCAAAGAAAAGCCUCAUUCUGUUUUCGAUAAAUCGAUUGUGGAGAGAAAAACUAGUGCAGGUAUCACUAGCCUGAAGGACCAGUUUCCUGUUGUGAAAAAAAAUUAUCGAAAGACAGGCGUUAAGGGAGAGAACAGCUUAGACGCCGAAACAGGAUCUUACGUUGUUAAGAAAGGCAGUCGAAAAACCAAUGAUAAGACAGACUAUUUGCAUGAUGGAGAUUUAAAGCAACCUAAUACACAAUCGUCCGAUACGAAGAAAAAUCCGCGGAAUAUAAAGAAGAAGAAAGAAAAAGAAACUCCUGAUGAAUUCGAUGAUGCCAAAAAGGCUGCUCUGAAGAAUAAAUUGAAUAAUCUAUUAAGAGGUUUAUAAUUAUUAUAUAAUUAAUAGCCGAAAACACCGAAAGAUGGUAAAUUUAUA